AUGGUGCUCACUAGCCUUUGCAUGUGGCGCAGGCGAGAGUCAGCGACGGAUCCCCUCACCAUCGCGGUAGAGAAAUGGGAGAAGAAUCUGCAGAAAGCCAAGUGCUCCCAGGAUUACCUCCCUUUCCUACUGUCCAAUCUUGAAUUCGUCGAGAAAGCCAGAAUCCUAUUCAAGGUAGCAACUCAGAAGGGUCUGCCGGAUCGUCUCUUCCAGCACCCCGAUGGCACUGAGAAGAUAGGAUGCCAGCUUCAUCGUGCUGGACAGUCUGACGUGACUCGUCUCCGAUGGUGGCAGCUACAGGGUGCAUCCGGCCUUUUUUGGCGUGGAGAUCAAAUCCGGAUUGGUACUCAUGCGACUGGCUCCGGCGUGAAUGUGCCAGCCGUGGAGGCUGCUGCGGGAGGAGCCGUGGUUGUUGCGAGAAGCCGCGGCGACACGGGCCAGCUGCUGAGCCGCGGCCACUGUACUCCGUUGUGUCCAUGUUGCAUUCAAACGAACGGGGAAACAGAAGCAGCUGACGCCUUCGAGGACGAACUCGACAACUUGCGAAUUAUCUUCGAGGAGAAAGACAAUAUGUAUGCUUGCCGAUCGUGCCGGGCGCAUAUCUGGAGUAUGGAUGUACUCAAUGAGAUUGAAGACGAGGAAGAGUUCAGCUGGGAGGCAUGGGCAGGUAAUACAGAGGCGGGAACGUCGAAAAAGAAACUGAAGCUGUGGUGA